UACGAGGUAGAGAGCAAGUUACUGAGCAGGGGAGUGUGUCUGUGUGUAUGAGAGAGGAGGGGAGAGAGAGAGAGAGGGAGAGAGAGAAACGGCACUGAUGAUCGACGCCAGGCUGCCACCACUCUGUAGCAUUGAGUGGCUGCAACAAAAAGCACAGAAUAACAUCCACGACUGUGCUCUGCUUUUUUCCCCCUCUUCUCCUGCGUCUCUGCUUGCCGACGAACACUCCGCACAUUGCGCUGCAGAGGCGGUGCCGAGACUGAGCUGGCGAGAGAAUCGGGGGUCUCUGGCAUCAACAAGUUAGGGUUUAAGGGACCUGAAGCCAUGAAAGGGGAACACUUGAUCGUCAAUUAGGCAACUGAUUUGACAUUGUUGCCGUGGAAUUGAGUGGAAGGAUUUAAAAAGAAGAAAAGGAAGAGGUCGUUCUUUUCACCCGGGGUAUUUUUGGACGCAAACGACCAACUUGAAGACGGAGAAAAAGGAUUCCUUGUAGAAAUGGAAUAGAUGAGGCAGAGAUCGGAUCGUAACUAAAACACAGGAAAAACUAAAUCCAUUGGAAUAAAAACAUUUUGAGGAAAUGGAAUUUCCGAUUUUGUUCUUACUGGACGGGCUCUCUACUGCUUUAUUGAAGAGGCUGAAUUAUUUUGUGUUUACUCAAAAGGGUUUUCUCCCUAUGGAAUUGUGUUCCAUCUGGCUGCUCCAAGAGUCUGCGGAUAAAGACAGUUGAAUGCAGCCUCCAAUGUGCACAAAAGAAUGGGUUUCCAUUCAAGGUGGCCAUUGGUGGGACCCGCACCAACGGCACUCUGUCUAUGUCUGAUCAGCAUGCUGCUACUGUGUCUGCUGCCUCCUGCGUCGUGCACAACCUGCCCUCAGAAAUGCCGCUGUGAGGACCUGCAGUUCUACUGCGACACGCAGGGGCUCCAAGCGCCCCCAGAUGGCGUGGACAAGGGGGCCUUGGGGCUGUCCCUUCGCCACAACAGCAUCAGCGAGCUCAGCCCCGACCAAUUCUAUGGCUUCAGCCAGCUCACCUGGCUCCACCUAGACCACAAUCAGAUCACCACCGUUCAAGAGGACGCCUUUCAGGGCCUCUACAAACUCAAGGACCUCAACCUGAGCUCCAAUCGCAUCACCAAGUUGCCCAACACAACCUUCAUUCACCUCAUCAACCUACAAAUAUUGGACCUAUCCUUUAAUCAGAUGACUGCAUUGGAACCAGAACUAUUUCAUGGACUGAGGAAGCUCCAGAUUCUCCAUCUGCGCUCCAACUCCCUCCGUACCACACCUGUACGGGCCUUCUGGGACUGCCGCAGCUUGGAGUAUCUGGGCCUGAGCAACAACCGUCUGCGGAGCUUGGCCAGGAACGGCUUUGCUGGGCUCAUUAAGCUCCGAGAGCUGCAUUUGGAACACAAUCAGCUAACCAAGAUCAACCUAGCCCAUUUCCCUCGCCUGGUGGCCCUUCAAUCUCUCCAUAUACAAUGGAAUAAGAUCAACAAUCUGACCUGUGGCAUGGAGUGGACCUGGACCACCUUAGAAAAGCUGGACUUAACCGGGAAUGAGAUCCGGGUCCUGACACCUGACGUGUUUGAAACAUUGCCAAACUUAAAGAUUUUGCUUCUGGAUAACAACAAACUGAGCAGUCUGGAUCCACUGGUCAUGGAUAUGUGGAAGUCACUGGGCACCAUUGGUCUGUCUAGUAACCUUUGGGAAUGUACCAAAAGGAUCUGCUCUCUGGCCACAUGGCUGAGUACCUUCAAGGGGAGGUGGGAACAUUCAAUCCUUUGCCAUAGUCCAGAAUAUGCCCAGGGUGAGGAGAUACUAGAUGCAGUGUAUGGAUUCCAGCUCUGCCAUAACUUUUCAGCACCAGUUGUACAAACCAUUAGCACCACCACGGAGGCCACUACAACCCCAGAGGUCACAAGCUCGCUUUUCGGAAUAAUGCAGCAGACAGCCACACAGGACUAUGCAGAGGAUUUUGGGAGCUUUACCACGUUUACCACCACCACGACGACCACUACUAAACCACCACGCACUGCUCCGGCCACCACUACCACGAUGGAGGAGGCAGCGGUCACAGAUGUCUUUGAAACAGACAAUACUGUCCUGACCGAUCGGGUUAUCAUUGGAACUAUGGCCCUCCUGUUUUCAUUCUUCGUCAUUAUUUUCAUUGUGUUCAUCUCACGUAAGUGCUGCCCUCCCACCUUGCGCCGGAUACGCCACUGCUCGGCUAUUCAGAACCGCAGACAGAUGAGAACGCAGCAGCGCCAGCCUAUGGCAGACCUUGCCACACAGGUACCCUAUAAUGAAUACGAGCCCAGCCAUGAAGAAGGAGCCCUUGUCAUCAUCAACGGUUAUGGGCAGUGCAAGUGUCAGCAACUGCCUUAUAAAGAGUGUGAAGUAUGAACUCUUAUUUAUUCCUAGAGCAUAUGGUUUGCCAUUUGACCAUUUCAGAUGAUACAGGGUUUGUUUGUUUUUAUUUCCAGUUUCUAUAAAUAUAUAUAUAUAUAUAUAUAUACAAACAUAAUUUCUACGUUUUGAGAUUAUGAGAGCUGUUGAAUGGGGAAAUGAGGAGGGUUGGCUUUGACAGUUAUAGGACGAUGUAGAAAUGUUCACAAAUUUAUUUUUCUAUGGAUGCAGAGUUGUUCAUAUCAGGCAGGGGCAAUCACUUUGAAUGGGAAACUAAACUGUGAGAUUUGUCUCCUCAUUGUCAAUAUAUUCUGCAGCACAGAGUGGAUAAUUAGCCAGAAGGCCCUCUGCUAAACGAAGAUUUAGUGGGGAAAGAUUAAUAUACAAACAAACGUGUUUUCAUAUACAAAGUUACCAAAUAGACUCUUUGAUGAAGUUUAUAUAAUGCACCAGACACAAGAAUUUGAUUGAUAAAUCAAAUUAGUAUAUGUUUCCUUCCCUCGUUAUGAAUAAAAAAUGAUAAAUGGUAAGUCACCGUCAGGUUCCCUCUCAAUUUGGAUUCCUUCAAAUUUUAUUCUACGAAAUUCUGUUAAAAUUAAAGACAUGUUCAGUUUUAUCCUUAAUUAAUUUGUUUUCAUAUGUUUAAGUACAAAACAUUUCCAUGUACCAUUUGUACAAAGGUUGAUGGAUAAUUUAUCAAAAUUACUGUUAAAUGUUUUAUUGGCUCCAGACACUCACACUGUGAAUAUAAUUUCAAACAAAUUAACCCACAAACCAUUGUUUACUUGCAAUCCAAUAUAUAUAUAUUAUUUUUUUUACUAUUCAAUUACUAAGGAGAAGAGGUUAAACGGUUUCAAACUUAAGAUUGUGUUUCCCUAGGGCCCAGUGGAACAUCCUCUUCAUUAAUCGGGCCUGACAAGCUCAAGAUUUAAUCAAUUACGGCCAAGCAAAAAAAAAAAAAAAAAAAAAAAAAAAAAAAAAAAGAUGCGUCCCAACAUGUCACCCACCCCAGUGAUGAGUUAUGUUAUUGGAUCACUCAAAAGUUGUUGUAGACACACACACACACACACACACACACACACACACACACAGUGUUCAUCAGUCAAGAACAUCGCUUAAAAACAUUCGCUUCAAAAACCUAACCAAUUCAUCAAAGAGGGUUUUGGCUCUAAAAUAAAAAACCACAGCAGAGAAAGAGCCAGUCGACAGUGCAGUCCAAACUUGGGUUGAUGGAGCAAAAUUAGCUCUCGUGAUACGCAAACAGGGGAGCCUGGGUCAGGAGACAUUUGUAUGCAGCAGGGCGAGGACGUGCAUUAGCAUCAGACUAAAGCCGCUGCAGCAGCUCCGCAGCUCUUUGUGUUCGACUGGGCUGUGGGGGCAGGGUGGACCAGAGGAAGCAGGCAGAGGUGAUGGGAUGGCGAAGAGGGCCGACUAACAGGCUAGUAACUAAGGUUUAUCUGAGCCAAUGAAUGCCCUUCCUGACAAGUAAUGGAAUUUCAUACAAGCCAACUGUAGUUUGAAAAAGGGGGGAUUAAAUGUGAAACAUUGUCCUGACAGUACAGCAAAGAUGAUUCAGAAAUAGGAUUGAGAAUGCGACAUUGGGUCUUUCGUUUUGCUACCAGUUCAUGUAAAAAAUAAAAAAGAGGUGCCGGUAGCAUUGUUGUGAUGUCCUAUUUUAAGAGUAUGAAAUCGUUCCAUCACCGAGUUUAGCUUUUGGAUUCAUUACUACAACCGAUUUAUAUCAUAAUAAAUAAAAGCAACUUGAGGAGUUGGUGCAACAUUUCCGUCUGUAAGCAAUCAUAAAGCAAACAUUGGCAGGUGCUCCAUUGAUGGCUCUGCAAGAUGUCAUCUGUAGGAAGCAUGACUUUCUACAGAAUUUGCAUUAUUUAGACUUGCCUUUUCAAAACAAUAUUAUCAAUUAAUUUCAUCUUGUCAUCUAGAAGGCUAGUAAGUACCUAGCAAAUGAAUCAGAGGGUGAACUGAAAGAAUAUACACAUCCAUCUUUAAUAACUGUAGCAAUUUAGAUCCUGACAAUAACACCAUACUGUAAAAGGCCAACUGUCAGUGUAUACCAAAAUCAAUUGUAUUACUUUCUUAAAACCCAAGGGACACCGACUACAUUAUUCACCAAAUGCUAUGAUCCCAUUUGUUUCUACUUCCUUCUCAAUCGCAGUUGCUCACAAUUGCCCUUCAAAUCAGUCUUGCAUGUUCAAAGUCAGCACAGAGUUAUUUUUAUCUUAAUGUAAUUCAGCAAACACUGUUGAGAAGCCUUGUUUUUGAUAGUGGGGAGGAAUGGGGAUGCGUGGAUUUUUAAUGUUCUGUCAAAUCACUUGACAUUUCACUGUUUAAGAUGAAGCUUGUACCAAGUGACAAAAGAAAAAAUCCACACAAUUUGUAGAAAUAUGCAUCCCUUUGCACUCUGGCUCUUUGUCAACUGUUUUCGGUUCUUGUCAUACUCUUGCCCUGUUCCCGUUCCUGCCUAAAUAGAAAAGAAAAAAACCACCCCCUUUCUCUCCCCCAACCUCUUUGUGCAAAAUGAAUGCUUUUCUCCUCCCUGUCCCUUUUGUAUUGUAAUAUGUAAAAUUUCAUAUCUGUAAAGUGGAUAAGAUGUGGCAAACAAAAAAAAAAGUCUUACCCCUCCCCCAUCCCUUCAAAACAUAUAUUUUUUAAAUAAAAUGACUACAACUUA